AUGUCGGUUGGUAUUCAUUAUCUCGAGGCCAUGAUGGAUGUCGACGACCCUGUCACACUGGCUUCAGAGGACUCGCUACAGAGAAUAAUACGCCUCCCAACCCCAGUGCCCCCUUCAGUUUCGUUUCCUUACUCCUACGACGAACAUCGCGACCAACAGACACCGUUGAUCAUUGACAAUGGGUCAACGUACUUGCGGUAUGGCUUUGCGACGUCGUCCACUCCGCGAACAGGCCUCAACGUAGUCGCUAAGUACAAGGAACGCAAAUCCAACAAGCCACUGCUCUUGUUCGGAGAGGGGAUAGAUGCGGAAAGCGGCGCACGGAGUCAGGCUAAGAUGCCAUGGGAAGGAGAUGUUUUGCUGAACUUUGAUGCCUUGGAAAAUUCUUUGGAUUACGCGUUCAUCCAGCUCGGGAUAGACACGCCGACCGUAGACCAUCCAGUAUUGAUGACCGAGAGACUAUGUUCGCCACUACACUCCAGGGGCUUGACGUCCGAACUAAUGUUCGAACAAUACUCUGUGCCCUCGCUGACCUACUGUGUGGACGCGGUCAUGUCCUUCUACCAUAACAAUCUGCCUUCGACUACCUCUGAUGGGCUUACAAUCUCCUUCAACACCGCUUCAACCUCUGUCAUCCCAAUUCUCGACGGCAAGGGUAUCAUGAGCCAUGCCAAGCGCAUUCCUUGGGGAGCGUCUCAAGCAUCGGAGUACCUCCUCAAACUUAUACAAUUAAAGUAUCCCAACUUUCCCACUCGAGUAACUACGCUUCAGUCCAAUUGGAUGCUGCAAAACUUCUGCGAGUUCGCAACCGAUUAUACAGCGCUGUUGCGCAAACUCAAGGAUCCCCUGAACAUGCGUUCCGCUGGGCAGAUCAUCCAAUUCCCUUUUGUACAACCAGUAACCGAAGAGAAGACAGAAGAGGAGCUUGUACGUAUCGCUGAGAAAAGGAAGGAACUAGGAAGGAAACUGCAGGAAAUGGCUGCAACGAAGCGAAUGGAAAAGCUGGUACAAAAAGAAUCUGACUUGCAGUAUCUUACCAAUCUCAAAGAUAGCCGAACAGAAAGGAACAAACGAGAGUGGAUGAACAAGCUCCAGGGAGAGGGCUUCGAGGAUGAGGCUAGUCUAGACGAGACUAUAAAGAAACUCGAGACCGAUCUCAGAAAAGCGAGGAAGAAAGACGUUGAAGGAGAUGACCCAGCGGAAGAGCCAUCGUUCCCUCUUGUUGAUGUUCCUGAUGCUGAGUUAGACGAAGAACAGAUCAAGGAGAAGAAGAAGCAAAAGCUCCUGAAGGCUGGCUUCGAAGCGCGUGCACGAGCUAGGAAAGAGAAAGAGAGAGAAAGAGAGGAGAAAGAAAGAGAAGGCAGGAAGGACGAGGAAGAGAGGUUGAAUGAUCCGUCAGCAUGGGCGAGACAAAAGAGACACGAACAUGAGACUUUGAUGACGCGGAUCAAGGACCGCGCACGGAGGCGAGCGGCUCUUAGUGAUAGAAAGAGUGCUGCGGCGCAGGCGAGGAUGAAGAGUAUAGCAAACCUUGCUGCUGAUGAUCGUGUGCCUAAGAAGAAGCGAAAGGCUGGAGGGGAGGAUAUGUUCGGCGCUGAUGAUGCCGACUGGGCCAUCUACCGCAAAAUAAAUGCCGCAGCUGCGUCAUCUGAUGAGGAAGAAGACAUGAACCAACUACAUGCCGUCGAGGCUAAGCUCCUUGAACACGAUCCUAAUUUCACAAACGAACACACCCACGCCUCCUUGGCGUCCCAGCGUUCAGCCCUCCUGUUGGCAUUUCGCCCCGUUUAUGAAGAGGGCGACAUCGAAGGUAAUACUCGAAUACAUCUUAACACCGAGAGAUGGCGUGUCUGCGAAGCAUGGUUUUCUCCCGGAAUGGCAGGUGUGGACUCUGCUGGCCUCGGUGAAGUGGUGCAGAAUGUUCUCGCUCCAUUCUCUGAGGCUGAGAAGGCACGUCUAGUGAAUAACGUAUUUAUUACUGGGAAUCCCUCUCGGUUACCAGGGCUGGUGCCAAGGUUACACGCAACUCUGCGACCUAUCAUGGCACCCGAAAUGACCAUCAAUAUUAAACAAGCAGGAGAUCCAGGAUUAGAUGCAUGGCGAGGCAUGGCUGAUUUUGGCAAAACGGACGAUUUCAAAAACAGCAACUUUGCGGUGACGAGAGAAGAGUACGAAGAAUGGGGAGGUGAACGAGUGAAGAAAUGGUGGGGUGGUAAUUGGUCUUCAAGCUUUGUUCCAUGA